GAGCGUCGUCCAGUUAUUUCAAGGCUCGGGGAGAGACGAGCUCGUUCUGUGCUUUGGGAGAAGGCAGUUGUAUGGCCCUGGCGGUCUUAGUGGCGACAAGAGAGAGGCGGCCGGUCUGACAGCCUUCCGCUACUCGCGUGACUGUAUUGGUCCGUCUGCUAUCCGCUAUGCCGCUGCCUGUUGCACUGCAGACCCGACUGGCCAAGAGAGGCAUCCUUAAACAUCUGGAGCCUGAACCAGAGGAAGAAAUCAUUGCUGAGGACUACGAUGAUGAUCCUGUGGAUUAUGAGGCCACCCGCUUGGAGGGUCUGCCACCAAGCUGGUACAAGGUGUUUGACCCUUCCUGUGGGCUUCCUUACUACUGGAACGUGGACACAGACCUCGUGUCCUGGCUCUCCCCACACGACCCCAACUCGGUCGUUACCAAGUCUGCCAAGAAGCUCAGGAGCAGUAAUGCAGACACUGAGGAGAAGUUGGAUCGGGGCCACGAAAAACCAGAGCGGGGCCACGAAAAACCAGAGCGGGGCCAUGAAAAACCAGAGCGGGGCCACGAAAAACCAGAGCGGGGCCACGAGAAGUCUGACAGAGAUCGAGAGCGUGGUUAUGACAAGGUGGAAAGAGAGAGAGAGCGCGACAGGGAUCGGGAUCGUGACCGUGGGUAUGACAAAGUAGACCGGGAAGAGAGCAAAGAACGGCGCCAUCAUCGCCGAGAGGAGCUGGCUCCCUACCCCAAGAGCAAGAAAGUGGCGAGCCGGAAGGAUGAAGAGUUAGACCCCAUGGACCCCAGCUCAUACUCGGAUGCACCUCGGGGCACAUGGUCAACAGGACUCCCCAAGCGGAAUGAGGCCAAGACAGGUGCAGACACGACAGCAGCUGGGCCCCUCUUCCAGCAGCGCCCCUACCCAUCACCAGGGGCUGUGCUCCGGGCCAAUGCUGAGGCCUCCCGAACCAAGCAGCAGGACUGAGCCUCCCCGCCACCCUACCACCCUGGGUAUUUUUAAUAAAGGCUUUUCAAUGGAUUGUGA